CCUUAACAUUAUACCACCUACAGUUUUAAGCAAAGUAUUUACGAAAAUGUCAUUUGAUUGGAAAAAUUUUCUAAUCACUAAGAUUAACUCGGAAUUUCUCUUGAUGGUGGAACAACAAAUUGUGAUUUACUUGUAUUGAAAUUUAGAUCUUCUUGGGUAUUGAAAGUAGCACCACGUUUGAAGCAAAGGAACACUGAAGAGAGAGAGAAAUGCAUUACUGGAUUCGAGCUGCUUCUUCUGAUUUUGCAGGCACUCUCCCGCAUGCUCGAAGUGGGCAUACCGCUGUGAAUAUUGGACAAUCGAAAGUCGUGAUUUUUGGAGGUUUGGUGGAUAAACGCUUCCUCAAUGACAUCACCGUCUAUGAUGCCGAGAAUAAGCUGUGGUUUCAGCCUGAGUGCACUGGCAGUGGUUCAGAUGAACAGGUUGGUCCAAGUCCCAGAGCAUUUCAUGUAGCUGUUGCUAUUGACUGCCAUAUGUUUGUAUUUGGUGGGCGUUCAGGUGCCAAAAGGCUUGGUGACUUUUGGGUAUUGGACACCGAUAUAUGGCAGUGGUCAGAGUUAUCAGGUUUCGGGGACUUGCCACCGGCCCGAGAUUUUGCGGCUGCUGCACCUAUUGGAAAUCAAAAGAUUGUCAUGUGUGGUGGCUGGGAUGGUAAGAAGUGGCUGUCAGAUGUGUAUAUUUUGGACACAAUAUCACUAGAGUGGACAGAGAUGUCAAUUUCGGGGACGGUGCCUCCUGCUAGAUGUGGUCACACGGCUACUAUGGUUGAGAAACGACUGUUAGUUUAUGGGGGAAGAGGAAGCAGUGGAAUAGUGGGGGAUUUUUGGGCUCUAAAAGGGAUCAUUGAGGAAGAAAAUGAAACACCUGGUUGGACCCAACUAAAGCUUCCUGGUCAGGCUCCUUCCUCCCGAUGUGGUCAUACUGUGACAUCUAGAGGGCACUAUCUAUUACUAUUUGGAGGGCACGGGACAGGUGGCUGGCUUAGUCGUUAUGAUAUUUACUACAAUGACUGCAUCAUCCUAGAUAGAGUGUCUGUGCAGUGGAAACGGUUACCUACACGCAAUGAGUCCCCACCAGCACGAGCAUAUCAUUCCUUGACAUUAAUUGGGUCUCGCUAUUUGUUAUUUGGAGGCUUUGACGGGAAAUCUACUUUUGGUGACUUUUGGUGGUUGGUUCCCGAAGAGGAUCCCAUAUCAAAGAGAUCAACCCCGUCCUUGCCCAAACAGCUUCAUGAGGACAGAGAAGUAGCGGCGUCUGAUUCAACAUUGCAGUCUGUCCUUGAGGAAAACCAACAUCAAGAGUCUGCAAUCUCGGCACUUCAAAAAAGAUUCAAAUCUUUUCCCUCGUUUUCUAGAUCUGAACAUCAGAUUUUGGAUGAAGCAAAUGACAAGGAGCUACAUGAGUUGGCUUUAAAUUUCAUGGAAGGAAGAUUAUCUAGUCAUGAUGAAGUGUCUCUCAUUCUGGCAGUUCAGAUGCUUCGUGAUUAUUGGAGUAACGUUGAGGCCAACUUCAUUGAGUUAAGGCAGCUUGGGCCCUUGCUUCGUGACUAUCAACGCUUGAUUAAGCAUCAUCAUCUGGACAGAAUUAUUUCUGAAUACAAUUCAGCAUCUCCAGGAUUUGUCUCUUUUGGAUGUUCUGCUGCAUAUCGGUUCUAUCAUAUCAAUGAUGCUUCUCAGUUACGUAUGGAGGAUAUUCCAAAAUUGCUGGGAGAAUAUAAAGAGCUUUUGGGUGAUUGAUGCUGGGCUGAUAUUUAAAUUGAAAUCAAUGAAUGAAUUUAGAAUAGGGUUUGUUAUCUUGUGUCAUUACCUUUGAAAAUCCAUCAAAGCUAGUAGUUCUCCUAGAGAUCAGGAGAUGAGAAUCGAUCUCCAACAUCAGUAUUCAGUUUGGGUGGUGGAAAGAUCAAUUCUCCCACAUGUGUUUUUAACUUUACUCUUUUUAUGCAAUGAAUCCCUCGAUUUCACUCAGUGAGCUUGGUAAAAGGAUUGUAUUGUAAUUUACUCUUCUUAUAUCAUAAUAUAUGUGCUUUGGUGACUUGGGCA